AUGCCACCUACUCGUCGUACCUACGGAUACUCAUCCUCUCCCAUGAUCACACUUUCCCACGGCUCUAGGGCGGAUCGAACUGCCGUACCCGUCUCCGCUAUAUCCACUGUACCCACCAUCAUAUGUUCCCCCUUCCGACCCAGAAGUAUAUUCUCAAAAGUUACUUCUUCGGAACCUCGACAUCCCAUCGAGAAAUCUGAAGCGCGUCAAUCAUUCACUAAGGUGGUUCGAGAACGGAUUGGCCUCGUUGGCUCGUUGGGGAUAAUUCGAAGGGUGAUUGAGAUGUCUUUCGGACCGAGAUUCCGCGCUUACUCGGUAGCCAUGAAUUCACGUAGAACAAUCUUGGCAAUGGUGUGGUCAAUGUACGGUAUGAGCAUGGUGGCCAGUGGCUUGAGAAAAAGGAUAGACGAAGAAUUGAUAUCGUUCCCACAUUCCAGGGGCCAGGGGCCAGGGGCUAUGGAGACCAGGAACCAAACGUGA